AUGACGGAUGAUCAUCGAGAUUUUUCUUUUUCAACUUUAUCAUCAAUCGAUCCAAUAGAUAUUUCAUUGAAAAAUACUGAUUUUGAAUCAUCAUUAAAUUCAUAUUCAAAUAUUAUACCAAUUGAAAUAGUUCCAAUUAAUUCCGAUAUAAAACAACCAAAGCAAGAGAAAACGAUUCUACAAGAUCAAUUCCACAACAAAAUAGUAACAUAUCAAUCGAGAAGCAUGAAUAAAUCAUCUGAAGCAUCUACAAAGAAAGUUGCUUGUUUUGAACCACGAGAACAAGCAAUGGAUAUGCAAAACAAAAAUGGCACAAAUGAACUUGAUAAAUUGGCUCCAGAAGAUAUGACAUCAAAAGAAUAUUAUCUUGAUUCAACAGCUCAUUUUGCUGUUCAUGAAGAAUUAUUAAAAGAUGAAAUACGUACAAAAACAUUUCGUAAUGCAAUUAUUAAUAAUCGACAUUUAUUUAAAGAUAAAAUAGUAUUAGAUAUUGGUUGUGGUGUUGGAAUAUUUAGUUUAUUUGCUGCUAAAGCUGGUGCAAAAAUGGUUAUUGCUGUAGAGAAAUCGAAUGUAAUUGAAUAUGCAAAAAAGAUUAUUCGUGCAAAUCGAUACGAUAAAGUUAUCAAAGUUAUUAAAGGUAAAAUAGAAGACAUUGAAUUACCUGAAGGUAUUCAACAAGUUGAUGUUAUUAUUGCGGAAUGGAUGGGUUAUUCAUUAUAUUAUGAUUCAAUUAUUCAAAGUGUUAUUUAUGCAAGAGAUAAAUAUCUUAAACCUGAUGGUGUUAUGUUUCCUGAUCGUGCAACAAUGUAUGUGGUUGGUAUUGAAGAUCGUGAUUAUAAAGAAGAUAAAGUAGAAUGGUGGUCAAAUGUUUAUGGUUAUAAUAUGAGUUGUUUAAAGAAUUAUGUAAUGCGCGAACCAUUAGUUGAUACAGUUGAUAAACGUCAAAUUUGUACGGAUCAUUUUCCACUUAAAACAAUUGAUCUUAAAACAAUGACUGUUGAUGAUAUUAAUAUCGAUUCAAAAUUUCGACUUUCUGCUUUACGUGAUGAUUAUAUUCAUGCAUUUGUUAUUUAUUUUGUCGCAGAAUUUACCGCAUGUUCACAAAGAACAGUACUUAAUACCGCACCUGGCGCUGGUUAUACACAUUGGAAACAGACAGUUUUUUAUUUUCCUGAUUAUGCAACAAUAAAACGUAAUGAAACAUUAGAAGGAACAUUUUGUUGUAAAGUUAAUCUUGAAAAUACGAAAAAACUUGAAUUUGGUAUUGAUUUUCAAUUUGAUGGUCAAUUAUCAUCUUUACAAAGUAAAAAUCAAUAUUUUAUGAAAGGUUAA